AGGCCAACGUAUAAAAUGCACCUUAAGGUCGUCUCCCCGUCCUCCCUGAUGGCAGUCACAAGCGGGCUCCUCCUAGGAAUUCUAAUCCUCCUCACAGCCACCCAAGCCUCCGAAAGUGUCCCUUUCUCAGCAGGAAGGAAGAGCUAUAUGUCUGAAAUGGAGGAGCCCGAUACAGAAAUGAUGCUAGAAAUGUUGGCGCGAUUAGGUCAAAGUAUCAUCAGAGCCAACGACUUAGAAAACUCCAAGCGAGGUCUGGAUUUGGGUCUCAGCCGUGGCUUCUCAGGUUCUCAAGCAGCCAAGCAUCUGAUGGGACUAGCAGCAGCCAACUAUGCUGGAGGCCCAGGCAGGAGAAGGCGCGCCAGCAAUAUUCUUCCAAACGAGAUAUAAAUACAGAACCCUCCGCCACUACCCCAUCAAAGAUGACAUCCAACAAGAGAGGCAACACUAAAAACUUCUGUAGACAUCAUUUGAUGUAAUUUUCUAUUCAGUAAAUAAUUUUCCUCCCUUCACACCUGAUGUUGAAACUUUCUUUUCUUACUAAUAUUUAAAGUUAAAAAUUUGGCAUAGAUGAAAAAAAGAAAAACUAUUGUGAAGAAAUACUUGGGUUCAUUUCAUAAGCAAGCAAUAGGCACCAAGGUUUGAUGGUUGAUAGACUAAGGGAUGCUGUAAAGCUUUCUGGAUUGACUUGAGUGUAUCAAAGCUGAGACAAUAAAAAUGGAGCAGAAAAACUUUAUCAAACCAGGUUUACUAUCGAAAAUUUUGAUGCCAUUAGUCUCAAGUAUGGAUUCUUUGGAUAUUUUUCUUUACUAUUGCAUAGAUCAUUUACUUACUCUUUUAGAGAAAAUACGAAUACAAUUUAUGCACAAAUUUGCCCAGAAUAACAAAUGAACCCCUCCCCUCCCGCCAGGAUAAUUUUAUCAACAGUUUGGAGGAAAACCUGUAUCCAGGAUUGUACUGUUCAACGGAUCAAUUGGCCUGUUAUGGAAUACAGUUUUGUCACUCACAAGUCAUCACAGUGUUUCUAGGGCAGGUUCUGACGGCUCCUAAAAAGAUCCACAGCGGAUCAUAAAAUGGGAACAGUAAAAAACUAAAACAAAACAAAAAAAGGCAACAGAAGAAUUUAAGUUGCUGCUCUAAUUAAUUCAAAGACUUCAAAUCUGAUAAAAUUUGUAGUAGAGAGUAAAAAGCUAUAAGUCAGACCUGUUUGGUCUAAAUUAACUAAAUGAACUGAAAAUUCUCUAUCAUGUUCCCCUCAUUGAUGGAGUGUUAACAUUCCGAUUAAAACCUACAUACCUACUUGUAUCAAUAAAUUACUUAAAAAUAAGGGAAGAAAAUUAGUAGUAAAACUAAAAAGCAACAUGGAGAUCGGAAUGUUUUACGACAGUUUGACGACAGUCAAACGCUGACCGUUUUUACCGAGCACACAAGAAUAAAAUAAAAAGGAGACAUAUAAUGCUGUAAGAAUGUUAUCCAGUGCUGAAUGUCUUAAGCUAACUCGUUAUCUCCUGCAUGAAGAAAUGUAUGCCAACUGCGCUGUUUCAGUAUUUAUUCUUCAAUUUUAUUUUUUUCUGGGAAAACCAUCUUGAUAAUUUUUCUUCACCCUUGAGAAAAUAGACUGUGAAAUUUUCAGACUAAUUCAUGCGACUGUUUUCCCAUCAAAAACAAAAUUUUCCUACAAAUACUGAAACACUGCAGACAAGAUACGUUCUUUAGUGUGAGAGACGACAAAAUUUGCUAAAAAAGCCAUAAAAAAUAAUUGAUUGGAAAAAUAAGUAAAUAUUAUUGACUUGACGGAGGCUUGAAAUGCUUGGAUGAGUCCAGCCAUUAAUGUUUCCAACUGUUACCUGAUUCACGAAAA